AGAGAGAGAGAGAGAGAGAGAGGGGGCCGGGGGGAGGAGGGAGGAGGGAACAAACCAACAACCAAAAUUGACUAGAGAAUAACAUCCAAUCAUGAAAUGCACGCUUUCCCUGCAGGCUUGUUGGUUUAAGGUUCCCUGUAAAAGGCGGUGUCCCUAAUAACACUCCUAUACUUUUACCCAUUAUUUUUAAGGGCAUAUCAGAGUUUGUUUACCGACAUUUUAGCAUUAACAACUCAUUUAGACAUUUAAUUCAACAUCCUUUGACAGCUCUGAUGGUUCAUAGUCUUCUUUUGGUCUUGAUCUCACUGGGCUGAAAAUUCCCAGUUCUUUCUGGGUAUUGAAUAUUUUGAGUUUCUGGGGUGGAACUUUGAAUUGGUUUGUCGACAUGUGAUUCGGGUAAUUGGAAUUUUUAUUUUCCCGGGAAGUUCGGAGUUGGGUAAUGGGGAUUUUGGAUUUUCAGAGAGAACAUUGAAAUGUGUGUUGGAGGUUUUGAAUUUUCCGGGAAAAUUAGGGGGUGGCUAUUGGAGAAUCAGGCUUUUGAGAGCAUAUUAGGAAGCGGGUAUUGGAGGCAUUAAAUUUUGAGGGAAGUCAUGAGGUGAAUGUUGAUCAUUUAUUCAAGAAUCUGAAUUUUUUUGUAAAAGAAAUUAGUUAGCUUUUAAGUUUGGACGUGGGUAUGAGAGGUUUUGUGUUUCUCGGGAAAUUUGGGAGCUGGGAUUGGAGAAUCUGACUUCUGAGAGAAAAUUAAGGAGUGGUUAUUGAAGCUUUUGAGUUUUGAGGGAAAAUUGCAAGUGGGUUUCUGGGUAGUUUGAUAUGACAAACAAGCAAGUUGUGGAAAAGGAAUUGGAUUUCCUAAUUCUGUAGUUGGGUUUCUUGAACUUAUUGCAAUAAUCCGAUCAGAUUGCAUUGAAUAUGAUCAACUUGGAACUGGAUUUAUGCCGUUAAGAUGAGUUUCAACCUUUCUUUAUGAUAAUUUACAUCAGUUACAACAAAUUUGUUUCUCUCUGUAUGUGAAAGUAAGAAGGAUGGUGGUUACAAGUUUGGUGGAAAACAAGGAAUUUUUAGCAGAUAGAAGAAUUUCUUUUUCUUCCUUCCAAUUUCUCAUGUGAUUUUCAAUGAUUUGAGGAUUGGGGAAUAAAGCUCUUUGGAUAGAUUCCUUACGUCUAUAUGUGGAGCUAGAUUAAGUCCUUAUCUGUUUUUUUAGUUUUUUUUUUCUUUUUCUUUCAUUUCUUUUGGUGAUGAUAUUUGAGGACCAUGAGGUUCUUAAGUCUUGUUGGAAAUUCCUUUGGGUGCUCCGCAUCUGGGGAGCGCUUGGUUUCGGCUGCAAGAGAUGGGGAUCUCCAAGAAGCCAAGGCUUUAUUGGAGUAUAAUCCUCGCCUUGCAAGGUAUUCUACUUUUGGUGUUCGCAAUUCGCCCCUCCAUUAUUCUGCAGCUCAAGGCCACCAUGAGAUUGUCUCUCUCUUGCUCGAAUCGGGGGUAGAUAUCAAUCUCCGGAAUUAUCGGGGACAGACUGCUUUGAUGCAAGCUUGUCAAUAUGGUCACUGGGAGGUUGUUCAGACUCUGGUUUUAUUCAGAGCCAAUAUCCACAGAGCAGAUUAUCUCAAUGGGGGUACUGCACUCCACUUGGCUGCUCUGAAUGGUCAUUCUCGAUGCAUGCGGCUAACCCUUGCUGACUACAUUCCUAGCAUUCCUAAUUUUUGCAGUAUCCUAAGGAAAAGAUCAAGAAAUGAAGAUUCUAUUUUAGAAUUUGAUGAAGGUGCACUCUAUGAGGUCAUAAACAGACCUGCCGAUGGGGGCAUCACUGCCCUCCAUAUGGCUGCACUGAAUGGGCAUGUCGAAAGUGUGCAAUUACUUCUGGACUUGGGGGCUUCUGCUGCCGAGGUCACUGUGGAAGAUGGGACUACAAUUGAUUUAAUAGGGGCAGGAAGCACACCCCUUCAUUAUGCCGCAUGUGGUGGAAAUGCGCAGUGUUGUCAGAUUUUGAUUGCCAGGGGUGCCAGUCUUACUGCCGAAAAUUCAAAUGGGUGGACUCCCUUGAUGGUUGCUCGUUCAUGGCGUAGAGAUUGGCUUGAGGAAAUUCUUAGCAGACGGCAACGGUGCCAACAACGAGUUCUUCCUUCAUCAUAUUUAUGUCUUCCUCUUAUGAGCAUUGUAAACGUUGCUAGAGAAUGUGGAUGGAGAAGCAGAGAAUGCCUCCCUACAUGUGUGGACCCAUGUGUUGUUUGUUUGGAAAGAAAGUGCACAGUAGCUGCAGAAGGUUGUUUUCACGAGUUCUGUACGCAGUGUGCCUUAUACCUAUGUUCCACAAACAGCACCUCAACUGUAGCUCAUGGUCCUCCUGGCUCAAUUGGCUGCCCCCUCUGCCGGCACGGGAUUGUUUCAUUUGUCAAGCUUGAGAGCACAAAGCCAAUAGUUAAGGAGGUUGCAAGAACAAGUUUAUCCCUAUCAUUUUGCACUUGUUCAGCCGAAGGGCCAGAAACCGCUUCCCUAGAAACCCCAUUUUGCAAGCCUGAUUUCCAUUGUGCCAGAAUCUCCCCUCUUGGGUCUUCUUUCCGCUCCCUGAGCUGCCAAAGAUUCCCAUCAAUGAAAUUCAGCACUAGUCUUUGCAUGAAAGCUCCAGAAACUACACCUUCCUUGGUUCCCAGAAAUGCUGAUCUGAGCUUGCGGAACUACUUGGCUAGGUGCUCAAGAUCUGGUUUUAGACGUUCAACUUCUCAGACCGAGGGCAGAAGAUGGUUAUGCUCUUUCAACCAAUCUGUAGCAACCGGGAGCGGCUGCUGAAUAUGCAUGGGGAUUUUUCUCUACACCCAGUUCACAUCUGCCAGCACUCGACUAAGAUGAAGUAUACUGGGGACUGACUGACCUUCAUUUUUAUCUUUUGUUUUUGACAAAGGUGUGUUUCUCUUUCACCUUUUUUUUUGGUCCAGAAUACUUUUGAUACAAGAGAUUGGCUUUGUAAAUACAGAACAGUUGAUAGACGCCGUAUGACAAGCUCAUGGAAUUGGAUCAUGCGUCAAAGGUACACCAUGUAUUGUCAAAGUCGAAAACUUUGUGCCCUUUAUAUCAAUUGUGAUCUUGUUUUAAAUUCUUGUAAAACCAUAUCCCCCCGUGUGUUGCUCAGAUUGACAUAGGAAAAUGAGUGAUUGUAUCUGUAACGACAAAUUUUGUGGUGUAAAUUAACACAAAAUAAGGUCAAAUUACAAUAGUCAAUUUAAUUGACUUUAAGUAAAAAAUGUAAUGUUG